UCCUGGCCGGGCUCCACUCGCUCGCCGGCUCCCUCGCUGUGCUCCCGGCGGGGGCCGCGGGUUCGGUCCGGCCGCGGGUGCGCUCCCGCCUGUCCUCCCGCCCGGGCUGCGGGUCCCCGCGGGCGGCCGCGCAAGAUGAAGCUGGCUCUCCUCCUGCCCUGGGCGUGCUGCUGCCUUUGCGGGUCGGCGCUGGCCACCGGCUUCCUGUACCCCUUCCCGGCCGCAGCCCUGCAGCAGCACGGCUACCCCGAGCCGGGAGCCGGCUCCCCGGGCAGCGGCUACGGGAGCCGCCGGCACUGGUGCCAUCACACGGUGACGCGGACGGUGUCCUGCCAGGUGCAGAACGGCUCGGAGACAGUGGUCCAGCGUGUGUACCAGAGCUGCCGGUGGCCGGGGCCCUGUGCCAACCUCGUGAGAACUCUGAUCAGACCCACAUACAGAGUGUCCUACCGCACGGUGACGGCGCUGGAAUGGAGAUGCUGUCCUGGCUUCACCGGGAGCAACUGUGAGGAGGAAUGCAUGAACUGUACCCGGCUCAGCGACAUGAGUGAGCGGCUAACCACGCUGGAGGCCAAGGUUCUUCUGCUGGAAGCAGCAGGGCAGCCCGCAGGCCCGGGCAAUGAUCUGCCAGCCCCCCAGAGCACCCUCCCACCCUGGAACGAGGACUUCCUCCCUGAUGCCAUCCCACUCGCCCACCCAGGGCCCCGAAGGAGAAGGCCCACGGGCCCAGCCGGGCCCCCGGGGCAGACGGGACCGCCAGGGCCUGCAGGUCCCCCAGGCUCCAAAGGUGACCGGGGCCAGGCAGGAGAGAAGGGCCCAGCAGGGCCUCCUGGCCUCUUGGGGCCGCCAGGGCCCCGCGGGCUUCCUGGAGAGACGGGGCGCCCCGGGCCCCCCGGCCCCCCUGGCCCAGCGGGCAGCCCGGGCUUCCCUCCGAACGGCCCCCAGGGCGUCCUCUACUCCCUGCAGCCGCCGACGGACAAGGACGGAGGAGACUCACAGCCGGCCUCUGCAGCCGUGGACACAGUGCUGGCCGGCAUCCCAGGGCCCCGGGGCCCCCCUGGCCCUCCAGGUCCCCCUGGACCACAUGGUCCCCCAGGACCCCCAGGUGUCCCUGGAUCCCAGGGCCUGGCCGGAGAGCGGGGCGUGAUAGGACCGGCUGGCGAGCCUGGCGGGAAGGGGCAAGAAGACGACAAAGCUGCUGCAGAGGGUGAGGGGGUACAGCAGCUGCGGGAGGCCCUGAAGAUCCUAGCAGAGAGAGUCCUCAUCCUGGAGCACAUGAUUGGGAUCCAUGAUCCCCUGGCCUCCCCCGAGGGGGGCUCUGGCCAAGACGCCGCCCUGAGAGCCAACCUGAAGAUGAAGCGUGGUGGCUCCCCGCCUGACGGCACGCUCGCUGCCCUGCUCGGCCCCGACCCCGGGCAGAGGAGGGCUGGCCGGGCCGGCGGCGGCAAAUGAGGGGCCAGCUCUCCAGGACAAGCCCCGGCCCUGCCAGAGAGCCGGCCCGGAGGCCUGUGUCGCCCGGCUGGCUCCUGUAGACACCCCAAGUGGGCCUGGGCUCCGGACACUGACGAUUGUAAGGGACACUGGCUCCCAGGGCCUGGGGGGACUUGGGGACAGAUGGCAGCUCCAGAGGCAGGGUCCAGGGGGCCCCAGCACCCUUGGCAGGGCCCUUUGGGGGUCCCUGCCCUCCCCACCCUCACUUUCUGCAGGAGACAGGAUCUGGGUGGGCUGGGCAAGGCGUGAGAAUAAUCCUAAUACUCAUCAUUUACUGAGUCUGGGCCUAUCCAAGGAGCUUUCCCUGCACCGUCUCAUUUAACCCUUAGGAGGUAGGCUUGAUACCCCCACUUUCCACGGG